AUGUCGUCCAAGGAGCAGCAGAGCGGGGGGGACUUCGGCCAGGGGCAGCAGAAGAAGGAAUGGCGGCCCAGGGACGUGUGGGCCUUUCGGAUCGUCAUCGGGGGGACCAUCCUGACGUUGCUCACCCUCGGUGCUCUGGCGUUUGGCGCGGUGGCAAUCCCGACGGUGCUGCUGGGGGGCGGCGCGCUGCUGCUGUUCAGCCCGGUGCUGCUGGGCAUCGCGGCGAUCACGAGCCCCAUCUGGGUGCCCAUCGGCGGCCUGCUGCUCAUCACCCCCCCCAUCCUGGGCGCGCUCGCGGUGGGCGCCAUCGCGCUGGGGCUCGUCGUCUACUGGGUCUGGAACUUCAUCCGUUCCCGCCGCACCCGCGAGGCCGCGACCGACCUCCUGGAGGGCGCCAAGGACGCGACGCGGGGCAUCCAGUACGGAGCGCAGGAGGCCGCGCAGAAGGCCCAGCAGGCGCGCGAGCAGGCCCGCCAGCGUGCGCAGCAAGCCACUGGGCAGACCUAG